CUUCUGGGACGGUGAAUAUAUAUAUAUGUAUAUAUAUAUAUAUAAGGCACGUCUUAUGCAUGGAAGUAGUCACUCAACUCGAGAAACACAUUCAAAACCAACAUUGACUAUUUUCGUGAUUGAACCAACUAGGCCAAACCACAAUCCAGACAAAUCUCAAGAUGACUCCCAAGGACCACAUACGCAGCUGGACCCGUGAGGUCGACAACACCAUCUACACUUACUCAACCGACCCAAACCUAGUUGACCUCGCCGCCCUCAACACUGCUCUGGCUUCCGACACCGUCUGGUGGGGGCGAGACCUGCCAGAGGAGGCGUUGAAGCGGAUGGUAGAGCACUCAUACAACUUUGCGCUAUAUGUCACAGAGAAGGGAUACAGUGAACAAGACAGCUCCAGCCAGCAGCCGCCCCCAAAGCAACAAAUGAUCGGUUACGCCCGCCUGAUAACCGACUACGUAACCUUUGGCUACCUAACCGACGUCUAUGUGCUGCCCGCGUACCAAUGCAAAGGGCUCGGCGCCUGGAUGAUGGAGUGUCUCAAUGAGGCGGUGGAGCAGUGGCCCGAGCUGAGGCGGGUCAUGCUGUUCACGGGCGACGCGUACGCCGCGAAGCUAUAUGAGAGGACGCUGGGGAUGAAGGAUACGAAGGAGAGUGGGGGAAAGUUGAUAAUCAUGCAGAGGAGGGGGCUGGGGGCCGUAGCGAGGAAGAUGGGAGAUUAAGUCAGUACGGAAAGGGAGACACAAGAAGGAUUUGGUUCAAUGGUGGUAUAUCAUGAGACAAACGAGUUAGUCAUGUCAUCUGAGUUUGGUAUGUGCAGCAGGCAGGUAGGUCGGCAGACGUUGAUUGGUUACUGGGAAUCUUAUCUUGAACAGAAAAUAACGGGAAAAGAAAUUUCACGCCUUCGCUGUUGCUGGUCCCGUCUUCUUGUACGCCCCGCCGUUUUGCCUCCUCAGCUCAAUGGCACGCUUAUACGGGGGUGCCGUGGGUGGCUGAACCGGGUCGAGUGAGACGUGGUCAUCUGGGAGCUUGUAGGACGCAUCCGAGUCGAAAGCGGACAAAUCGCCACAGGCGACAAAGGGGGCCACCCAUCGAAUAUCCUUCAGGGGCUCGUUGGUGAGGUCCUCCACCUCGACGUCGUAGAUGCCAUCCUUAUCUGCUGGCGUCUGAGUGGCACUCUUUGUUGUUGGUUCCUCCUUGGCUUGCUUCUCGGCCAACAUCUCGGCAAGCUUGUUGCCGACGCCAAGAGGUUCUUCGAGGUUGGCUGUGAAACCCUCAGGAGGCUGGAAGUUGAUGCAGACGAUGAAGGCCUCGACACUGCUGGCGCGCGAAGAGCGGGGCUUGGCGACGUAAACCUUUUCGAAGAAGACCUUCAGCUGGGCGUAGAGAAGGUCGACGUUGCGGCCCCGGAAGAUCUUGGCGACGAACUUGCCGCCAGGCUUGAGGACGCAGAGGGCGAGGUUGAGGGCUGCGAAGAGGAGCUGUGACUGGACGUAGAUGUCAAGAUCAUGCAGGCCUGUGACGUCGGGCGCACCAUCGCUGAUGACCAGAUCCACUGGGUGUGAGGCUUGCGGGUUCAUGGUGCUUGGGUCGAAAUCGGGGUCCAACGCCUUAAGCAAAAGCGGAACGGUGGCGGGAUGUGUGAUGUCGGCUCGGAGAGUGAUGAUUCCUGGCAGAGGG